AUGGAACCCCUGACGGCCGGUGCUGCGUUCACAGACAACACCGGUGACGCUGUAACCAUGGAGACGGUGGUCUCUAUGACUGCUAGCUUGAAGAAAAUGUCGUCGAUACAGGAAGAAAUCUUUAAGUUUGUGCUGUCUGGAGACUUGGAGGCCUUGAAGCAGCUUCUAGCAGGAGUGGAGGAAUCAGAAGAGUCUCGGGAACAGAACUUGUUCGGUCAAAAGGACGAAGUGGGCAGAAACGCCCUGAUGACGGCCAGCAUGUUGGGACGGAGCGACCUCGUCAGGGAGCUGGUCGCACACGGAGCCCCGGUGAACGAUCAGACCGUCAGGGGUUUUUCAGCGCUGCACCUCACUGCCUGUUGGGGCCGCGUGGACACGGCGAGGACUCUGCUGGAGCUUGGAGCUGAUCUCAAGGCUGAGACCUUCAAAGGAGAGACACCUGUAGAUCUGUCCAGGAUCUACGCCAAGACAGACUGUAUAGACUGUCUCAUCCUGGCUGACGCCAAACAGGACUUGAUGUCUUAUGUAAACCAUAUUAAGGACAUGAUCAACAAGUCUGACAGGGAACUGACAAAGAAGGAAAAGAACAUCUGCACAUCUAAUUUAUCUGCAAAGUCAGACUGGAUUCAGAAUGUCAAAAACCAGACCGUUUCAGACUUCACAGCCCAAAGGAGAGAUUUAGAAGAUGCUCUCCAGCCUAUUCUCAGCAAGCUGUCAGCUCACUCAGCUGAGAUGCCUGUCAAGCAAGCAGGACAAGCCUGAAGCAGAGGAAGAUCUGUGUAAUGAAAGUAUCUCAAUAAAUGUCUGACUCUUUCA